AUAAAAAGAAUAUAGGAUAAAUAAUCCAUAAAUUAAUCACAAUGCAAUUGCUAAUUGUCUUAGUUUUUGUGUUAAUUGGAAGCGAUGCCUCGGAAAAGAAUGCCUUAAAAUACAGAUUAUUAAGAAAUUAUGAUAAAACAAACAGACCUGUUCAUAACGAUAAUGAUAUUGUAUUGGUAAAUGUAACACUUGUCAUAUUGGACAUUAUUGAAUUUGACAUAUUGAAUGGUGUACUGACAAGUGAUCUGACUUUGGGACUACAAUGGAACGAUAUUAAUCUUACGUGGGACGAAUCGGUAAACAAUAUAAGUUACAUAAGUCUUGCACUACAAUAUAUAUGGCACCCUACCAUACAAAUGUGUAACGGCGUAAUGGAUAGAUUCAAACUUGACGAGGACACAGAAAUCUUUUUGACUAAUGAAGGAACCGUUUUCUUGUAUAUAGACAAUGUUUUCCAAACUUAUUGUCGGAUUAAUGUAAAUAAAUAUCCAUUUGAUGAACACGAAUGUGAUUUAUUAGUUUGUUUGAAUCAUCAAGUAUUUUGGGUAGCAUCUAUCAGUGAAUUUGAUCAUUUUUCGAUGUUAGAAUCCACAUCCAGUAACUGGGAUUUUAGGUUUGAAAUGAGAGAACGUAAAAGAAAGCCCAGCAAAGCAGCUGGCGUUGUAGUUCACAGCAAAAGAAAAGUUACUAGCGCCACAAUAACAAAAAUAAUACCCCCAGUAAUGUUAACAUUCUUGAUACUCUCUGUUCAUUUUUUGCCACCUGAAUCUGGAGAAAAGGUUUCUGUUGCAAUUACCGUGUUCCUUGCAAAUAUUGUAUUCCUUUCUGAAACUGAAAAAUUAUUGGGCAAUAAGUCUCGUGAAGCAUCUAUAUAUCUAAUAUAUCUCCUGAUUCUGACAUUUGUAAGCGGAGUGUCUACUAUCGUCUCAGUUGUUAUAUCUAAACUGUAUGCACAACCGAGAGGUACCAACAUAAAAUCAUCGCCAGAAACAACACAAAACUCAGGCUUUUCGAAGAAUAAAGUUGGGAUUUUAGAAUCUUCAAGUGAGCUAACCGUAAAAACAAAAUUCAAUAAUUAUUUUAAGAAACAUUUUCUAACCCACCAGAAUCUUGAUAAAAUAUUUUUCUUACUAAUUAUUAUAUUCUUACUACUCUAUAUUAUAAUUGCUUUAGCCUCUUCUGAGAAAUAACAAGCAAAAGACAUUUUUUGCACAUUUCUCAUUAAUUUCAGACAAUAAGUAAUGUUUUGAAAGAAUACCUAGCGUAAAAAUUAUCCAGGGAAAAGCGUAAGUCAUUUACGAUUAUACUGAAGGACAAGUAAAGCAGAUUCUCACCAAAGUGGAGUAAUUAUGAACAUCGUGUAUCAAAUCACUGACGGUUUCGAUGACAUCAUGUCCAUCUAAAAUGAUCCGACAUUGUAAAUUACAUUUUUCUUCACGGUUAGCAAUUUUAAUAACACGUGUGUUUCUGCAUUUAGAUAUCUUUUGAUAAUAUACACAAUGUACAUCAUUAACAAUAACAUUUGCGUUUGGUUCCGUACUAACACAACUACUAAUUUUCCAGAAAUAACGAAAUCUUUUUACCUAGUGUGAAAAAAGGUGUGCAUACUGAAGCACAUUUCUACUGUUUUGCAUACACAUGAGCACACACACACACAGGGGCAUAUAUAUAUAUAUGGGUAU